GAGCGAGACGCUUCGUUACUUCGUCGCGUUAUUCUCGAAAUUCGAUUAUUUCUUGUCAGCCUGCACUGAUUGAUUGAUUCUCACGAUUUAUAAGCGUAUAUCUAGAGAUGGCCAUUUAAUCGAAAUAGUGCAGAUAGUCUACGAAAGUGCCAGAGCUAGGAGCAACAGGUCGCCGCGGCGGGUGACGCGUGAAAUUGGUCGCGCAAUUUUCGAAUUCCCUGCACCGUUCGUCCAAUUAGUCGUGCAGAUGUCGCGCAUAGCUUCGUGCAAUCUUUUUCCGUUAUUCUUUUUUCACAUUAUUUUUUCGCCUCGAUCACCUCGACGUAAUAGAGUGCGCGUCGCGCGUGAUUAACGUUUGAAGCGUCGAACAAAAUGUCGAGUGAGUGUCUUAUUACUGUACGCGUGAGCGUAAUAUGAGAUGUUUCUCAUGAAGUGUUGUGAAGAAAGUGGAGGGACAAUGAAAGACGGAGAAAGAAGAAAGCCCAAAGGAAGGAAGCACAUUAGACGACGGAGCAAUCGUGUCGAACACGCGGAAAACAGCGGGUCGAAAAAUGGCGGAUUGAGGCAGCACGGAUUCAGCACGGGUCAGCGGCGUCGGUGGCGGCGGCGGCGGCAGCGGCGGCGGAAUGCCGGAUUGGCGGUAAACUCUUAUUUCGUCAAGUUUCUACAAGUUAAAAUAUGAAUAAAAUGAAAUUAUUCAUGGAAGUAAGAUAAAUGUAUCGCGUGUGAAACUGCUUUGCUGAUUCCUCUUUACGCCGAGCGGAUGGAUGUAUUAAGAAUUCUCUUCUAAUCCGAAUAAAUCGCGAGGCGUAAUCAUGAAGGCGAGACAAGCGGAGUUGUGGCUGACGAUGUUAUAUAUCGGAUCCACGAUAUUUUGCGUCACGUCCAUCAUAUCUUUGGUGACCGCCUGGCAGCAUUGGACAUGGACAUUUGGUAGCUGCAUCGACAUCGAUUGUGGCUGCAUAUUGUACGGCAUCAACACGUUCCGCACCUUUAUCGGCGGCGAUGUUAAGCUAUGUCACUUCGUCUCGUACGGUCUUACGCCCAUAAUCGUGAUCGGCAUGUGCCUCGGCGGUUUUCACGGAUACAGAUGUUGCAUACAUAAAAAUUUGGAUAAUCCUAAGCAAAUUAGCCGCAAGCAAACGUACAACGACGAGAGAAACAACCUUAACGGACAAGUCGUCGUAGUCCACGUGAAAAGGAGAUCCAUUUUUAAACAUUGGAUGCCCAUCGCUUUUUUUGCAGUGUUUAUCUGCUGCCUGUCUCUCGUCCACGCGGUCGUGAUAACCGAUGGCUAUUAUAAAAGUUGCGAACAAUAUAAAAGAUAUCUCAUUCAAUUUUUGGGUUCAAGAGGCCGCGAAAUUCAGGCGAUUCACAAUAGGCUAUCAUGCGGCGCGAUUUUCGAUUUUAUGGAUUAUCUUCAUCCGGAUUCUAACAAUUGGAGACGCGGCAGCGAGAUCAACACAGGAAUAGCGCUCCAGCUUGCGAUAUCCACAAGUUGGUUCAAUUUCUUUGCUUGGCUCGUCGUAUGUUUGAUAAACUUCAUCAUGGCGAGAAAGAGACUGCACGAUUUAGAAGAAAAAUUCUGCUGUUGUUGCUGAGCGAUAUUUUUCGGUAAAGUUCACGAAAAAGUUGCGUAACAAUUUUAUUAACAAUUUUUUGUAAAAUUUAAUAGAAUUGGAAAUUUCUCUUCGUCUUAUAAAGAAAUACAUGGACACGCGUGUAUAAUCGAUAAUAUUGACAUUUUAUUUUUGCAAUUUUAUACAGAGACAGAGUGCUUUCAGUAGCUCUUUUCUUUUUAUAUAUCAAAAAAUUAAAUAUCCCCGCUGCCGUGGAAAAUAAUAGCAUCUCUCUCAUAUUCGAAUAUAAUUGCCUUCUCUUUAUAUAUUUUUAUACAAUUUGCAUGACUAUAUUACACAUUGUGUGUACACACAUUGGAACAAUAUUUUUGAUCGUCCUAAGAAUAAAAGUCGCAUUGUUAACUUAACAUAUAAAACGAACGCGUUUUUUAUGUAUUAAUUCUUUUUUUGAAACACGAUUUAUAAUGCUGCUAUUAUUGUAUUAUUAUAAUUAACGAAAUAUGAGAACGAAAAUACUGUGCUACUGUAGGCAGUGACGAAAUUGAAAUCUAAACUAGUAAAGUAUCCGUAAAACUUUUCGAGACAUUUAUUUCUCUUGCUAUGUGUACAUGAAGAAAUCUAUAUAAACCAACGAUAAUAAAUAACAGUAUAUGAAAAUUCAAAGAAGGAAUGUAUCAGGUGUGUAUCUACAUUAUAUAAGUCGUAAUAGAGACUUUAUACAAUCAAAUUACAUCGCCUUAGGACGUUAAAAUGCUUGGUGUUUCUUAGCACCUAGUUCGUAUUAUUUUAUACAUAGUGUACAGAAUAACAAAGUGUUUUAAAACUUGGAAUAACAAAACAUUUCCCUCAUUGUUUAGUAAAUACAUUCAAAUCAUUCUUGGUUUAUCAAAUUCACCGAAUUGGUUCAUCAAAAUUUAAUACCUAAUUUUGUUCGCAUAAAUUGUUCUUAGUUUUGUAUAUCUGUGUGUAUGAACGUAAGUGUAUGAAGAAAUCGCUUUUAAUUCCACAUAGAUUAUACAUAUCUCUCACCUGGUUAUGUAUAGGAACUAAAAUGAAGACAAUUUUUAAGAUAUACACUAUUCCUUAUAUGUAUAAAUACAAUUGACUCUUUAUUUUAUAUAAUACUAAUCAGCUUUUAUACUACACGACAGCAAAGACUGCAAAAGCUUGAACGCUAUUUGAUGAAGGAAGGCACCUAAUUAUACGAGCUAAUAUAUCUACAAAUUAUAUUACAUUUUUUUAUAUAUGUAUAUAUAUAUAUAUAUAUAUAUAUACAUAUAUAUAUAUGUGUGUGUGCAUGCGUGCAUGCAUAAAAACACGCGUAAAUUAUAAACAUUUCUUUUUUUAUAAUAUUGUCAUAUCUUUUUACACUAAACUAAAUUGCAGAUCCUCGAUUAUGAAAGGCGCAGUAUAUUAGCAGAAAGUUUAGUUCAAAUAGAUUUCCAAAAUUAUAAAAUUCCAUGUGUAUUAAACUCACUCGCUCGGGAAUAUAGUUUAACAUUUAACAUAUACAGAUUCAAUGCGAAAAAAGAAAUAAAUAACAAUAAGUAUUUAAUCCUACUAUCGCGUUAUGUCAAGUACUCCAAGUACUAAGUGUCGCUUCUACUGCACAUAUGCUUUACUUAACAGUCUCGAUCAUAAAGGACAAAAGAAUCCUAGUAUUUGUUUUGAACAAUUUCCCGCUAUAAAUCAUCAGCGAAUUGUCGAAUUAGAAGAAAAAGAGAUAUAGCCGCUUUACAUACGAUCUAAAUGUUAAUCGAAACUAUUAAAUGACAAGUCAGUCUUACACGAUAAGGCCAAUUCUUUAGGCAAACCUGUUUGUUUUCUUAUGACAAAUAUUACAAAUCACUUCGAUGCUAUUAUCUGCGCCUUCGUAAUAUCGAAUUCAGUAAAUUAUGCAUUAUGUUACUUUUCAUAGGGAGUACUCUGUGUUCUCUUUUUUUUUCUUUAAGAAACUGUAAAUACGCAGUAAAAAUUUCUUCUCUUCUUCAUCGAGAAAUUUGUCCUUUACGAAUUGCGUUUACAGGUAUAUAUAUGUAUAUAUAGUUUAGAUAACUCUCUUAGAAAAAUUGUUUUGUAAGAACUAGUAUAUAUAUAUAUAUAUAUAUAGAUCGUACUAAUAGAAAUCUACAAAUUUUAAAGUACAAACGUAGUGAAAAGACUUAGCUGCAAAAAUAGAUGCACGAAUUCUCUCUCUCUCUCUCUCUCUCUCUCUCUCUCUCUCUCUCUCUCUCUCUCUCUCUUUCUCUUUUUGCCUAUUUUUGUCAAUUUUUGGUAUCGAGCUGCCAAGUUCCACAACCUGGUUUCACGUUAAAAUACAUGUACAUUAGAAAGUACCUUUCGUGCUCUUUCUCAAAGAUUAACAUUUUACUUUUUAUAACGCAAUGUCUUUUUUCUCAUUGUUGCUUGUCCUGUCUGUGUGUAAAUCUUCUAAAAAUGCAAAAAGCAAUUAAAAAAGGUGACAGUA